AUGAAUUAUUGGGCUUAAUAAAUAAAAAUGAUUGAGAAAUAAGCUAGCGAUUAAAAAGUUAAAGAAAUUAAGAAAAAUAAGAAAAGACUUUAGAAAUUUAUAUGA